GGCACUCCGUUUCUAAUGUGGCUUGUCCAGCCAAAGAUGUUGGAAGGCAGCCUUCAUGGAGUACAAUGGAACAUGCUGAAGAAUGGUGGCUAGAAAUAUGCAGAGUCAUUGGCAAAACGCCGAUGUUCAAAACGCUAAAGCGCUUGCGAUUUUAGAGGUCAAGGACGUUGUGAUCGCAAGUCUUGAAGAAGAGCUUAAGAAGGCCGAGGUCGAGGUGGAGCAUUAUGAAGAAAUCGCAGAGCAAACAAAGGCCCGAGCAGCAAUGGCCGAAAGCACACAAAUCCAAGCCACUCGCAGUGAACUGGCUACUUUGAAAGAUGGAGGGGGAAACUUCACAGACUCGGAUUGCGAAGCUCUGUCUGAGAUGGCAAUGCAAGCUGAGCGCCGCACACAAGAAGCUGAGAAUGAUGUGGUGAAGCUUCAAGCUGAGAGUCAGGAAGCUGAGCAGAGAGUGGAGCAUUUGACCAAACAACUGGCAGCGAAACAACUCGAACUACCUGGCCGCCAAUUCAAGGUGGAACUCGAGGAUGCUGCGGACACUUUGCGUCAAAAGCUGCAACUGUGCCAAGGAGAACUCAGCGCUGGCCGUGAGGAAAGCCGUGGAUCGAGCCUCUUCGGCAUACCCACAGUCACCAAAGUCCCAGAUCAAUCCGUUCUUUUCAAACAUCCAAAAUUUCGAGAUGAAGACUUGCAGUGGCUCAAGGACGAACUCGCAAGAGACGAGCAGGAACUGCUGUCAAAUUCCAGAGAGUGGUGCGAUGAUCUUAUUGGAGAGAGGCUUAGGCUUCAAGAUGCACAAGCCGCGUGCCAUGUAUUGGAGCAAGAAGUUGGGCAAGAACGACUUAUGCUGAAGGAGGCCAGAAGUCGCCACAAGAGCAUUGAACAAUGGAGCAGGGCCAGAGUAGCUUUGACGCAUGCGGUGGCAUCCAUUGAAGCAAGCACACAAAGGCUAGAGUGCACAAACAAAAAGGACGUUUACGGUCAUGAACUUGAACGAGGGCGCGAGGGAAAGAACGAGCAAGAACUGGAGUCAUACCUCCAGAAGGCCAGACAUGCGAGAAAUUCCUUGUACACUUUGUGCAGGCGAGUGCAAGAAGGCUCCACGCAAGUCGAUACUGCUGAGAUGUGGCAGCAAGGGGCAUCAGAAAUGGCAGGAAAGAUUUUGCUUUUGUCAGCGGCACUCAGGGAGCUUGAUGUUCAGAUUCACAUGGAGGAGAUGGCAAUGCAGCACAUUCAGCCAGAACAAUCAAAAAUAAUGUGUGAGCUUCAAGAGGUGGAUGCACAAGCCAAAGCAGAGCUAACUGAAGCCAGAACUGCGGCAGCUGCACUCAAGUUUCAAGAGGCGUCAUCCAAGCAGAGCGGUUUGCUACAGGAAAUUGCCCAGGAAAAGAUAUUUCUCAGGCAGAACCAGGCACAGAACAAGCUGCUUGCAGAUACCCGAGAGCAGGUAGCAAAAGCAUUGUCAAUUGCGAGGAAGCGACAACAGAACUUGGUCGAAGAGGAAUUCAACAGUGACAUGGCAUCUGAAAUUUCCCUGCUCCGCCAGACUUUACUGGAUAAGGCUGGCUUGUCACGAGGAUCAGUUCAACAAAUUCUGGGCACUGCGCUUGAAGCUGUGGCCCGAGCGCACUGCUUCGCAUUAUCCAGCGACAUGAAGUUAAGUACUUGGAAAAGCCUCGCAAACCAUUUGGAAGUUGCGCUACCUGUCCCGGGCGCAAUCCCAAUGCCAUCAUACCAUUCAGAAAUAGGUGUUUUUCCAUCACCCGAGCACCCAGGUAGUCAACAUCGUUGGCAAGCCUUGGAGACACAGAUAUCAGCUUUGACAGAAGAACUGCACAGGACCAUGGCAGAUUGCAAAAGGCAUCAGCUGGAAUCGCAUGCCUUUGAAGCGCGCUAUGCUGAAGACCUCAAGUUUGUAGAGGAAAGGUCAGCAACCGAAGCCAGGAAGGAGCUGGACCAAUGGCGCAAGGAGCUCUUCAAAACUUGCGGAACUUGGCUUCCACCGCUGGUCCAAGACUGGCACACCGCAGCAGUGUGCAGAGAAAGGGGAUUUGAACAUGAGGUGCAAGAUUUGCUGUCAAAGAAGCAAAUUGUGCAAGAGAGCCUCACUAUUUUGGCAGCGCAGCACCAGCAUUUACGCAAGUCUGCAGGCUGCGCAGAACUUGGCAUUGCCCAUGGAGACCCUCGUCAUGGCCGAGAGCAGGUUUUGCAGUUGAAAUCCCAAUUGGCCACAGUGCAAGAAGAAUUACAUCUAGCUAAGACCCGCUCUGAAGUCCAAAGAAGCCGAAGACGAUCGAAAGAUGGGGAGUUCAACAAGGUAUCGGCAAAAGGUUUGGAGCUUGAAGACAUAUGCCCCUCCUUGACCUCGAUUGCGCAAGAGCUAGAGCAGAUGGUCGCCACAAGGCAGUCGGAAUCCGGCGAAUUGGUGCUUCAAGAGCUGGCCAAAACAAAGGCAUGGUGCGAGGAAUUGCGAGCACAGUUGCGUAAAGAUUCUUCAAGAAAUCAAGUUGACUACCAGGAUUUCGGUUUGGCUUCCCUCCACCCUGGCACAUUCGUUUCAUCCAAUGCAAGCGACCUACCCGUGAACAAGGACUCUCGGAGGUCCAGUGAAAUCAUGAAUCGCGUGGAAGCAAUUUUUCAAGCGCAGCGUGAGCUGCACAUGGGCUACCGGGCUGUGCUGAAGGAGAUUCACGAUUUGCAGCUGAAGAGGCAGGCGCAGGAGCAGCAGCUACGUGAUUUGAGACUAGCGUCAAGCAUACGCCGCCGCCGCUUGGAGGAAGCAGAAGCAGAGGCAUUGCAAGAGCAAAAGGUGCAGGAGGCUGAACAGGAAGCUGAGGCAGAAAGGCGGUCAGAAAUAGGACAUGCGGAGCUUCUGCAGCUGCAGCACCGGCACUGGGAGGAGUUGCAGACGUCAAGGCGUUGGCGAGGACUAGCUGAGGAGGAAAGAGCACGAGAGUUCGAAAUGGAAGAGGUUGCAGCCGCACACGAACUGGCAGAAGCCAAGGCUCAGCAAGAAACUCGAUCAUUUCUUCGUUCUUGCGAGUUGGCACAAGAACAAAAAUCGAAGGCUGACAAUACACCACUGACAGCGCGUCACUUGCAGUUGCUGUCUGAAUCAUUACAAGAAGACAGCAUCAGUGUGGUGGAAAGAGAGGGCCUCAUCAAGUUGGGCUCAAGUAUCGCAGCUGUCAACCAACGGCUGAGCGAAGAGGUCCAAAUGCGCCAGGAGUUUGAACUAGAGCUAGAGAGAGCACGAUUGGAGCAUGCUCAAGCCGAGUCUGAAUGCUCGAAAUCCCAGGAGAAGACUCAAGAGCUUCAAGAGCAGGUUCAAGGCUUGAUGCUGGCUUCCUCAGCUGCCUGUGAGAUGAGGAAUGCCGAGGCAAACCUGAGCAAGAGAGAGGGAGAACUUGAGAGCACAUCAAGUCAGCUCCACAGUCAGCGUCUCAAGUGCCAAGAGUGGUCCUCGGCGCGCGAUACACAGCUUGAGGAGGUGAAAAUGGAGAGCAUGAAAAUGGAAGAACUGCAGUACAGAGCUCGGCAGCUUGAGCUGCAGAUGCAAAGAGCAGAGGCAAAGAUCCAUACACAGGAUAGACACUUCAGACAAGAGAGGCAAGAGUGGUACAGCCGGUUGAGACAGCUCCAACUUGCAGAUUUGCCCAGGCGCAAGCACGGUAGCCCGAGCGAGCCAGGCAGCCCACAUGCCGAAAUGAAGGCGCUGGCAGCGCAGAGGGAAGAAACUGAGAUGCUCCUUUGUGAGAAAGCACGGCUUGAAGAAGAAGCUGCAGACAUCAAGCUGAAGCUGGAAUCGGCAAAGGAGGAGAUGCAAGUUAUGCAGAAGCAAGAGUAUGCAGAGAGCAGGAGAAGGGGCAUGCUCCUGCACGAAAUUACUUGCGAAAGAAACCAUACGACUGCCCUAGUGCAAGAAAUUGAGCGCCUGCGAGACGCAACCGUCAAGAAAGAAGUGCAGGCGGACGAACCCGUCAAGGCAAAAGAGGUUAUUUCACAAGCAAAGGUGCAAAGACCAACAGGUACUGAGCAGUCACGCACCAAGCAUGUUCAAAGGUUGCUAGCUCAGGAGGAGAAGCAGGAGGGACUGCUUAAGGAACAGAUCGAGACGUCAAUGAGAACUGCUGACGACUUGCGUGAACGAAUGCGAGAUGCAGAGCAGAGGUUGGCUGUAAGUCGUGAUGAUGUAGAACGAAAAAAGGCAUUGGUCUCCACCCUUCAGAGGCGAACUCAAGAAAGCUCCCAGCAGUUCAAUGCAGAUUCCCAACUUGAAGACGAGCUGUCGAGAACUUUGCAGCAGAUGCGUCGCGACAUUUCAAGGAAGGAUGCGGCGCUCAAACAUUUGCGGGCCGAUGUGUUGGAGGCCCGCCGCUUGGAUGAGAAGUCUGAGCAAACCACACCGGACACAAGCAAUACCGCAGAGGCCGCUGCAAAUGCCAAGCUCAAAGCAGAAUUAAGACGAAAGGAGCGGGCUUUGCAUCAGGCUGAAGGCAAAAUGCAACUACUCAAAGCUCGAUUGGCUGCUGAGGAGCAGAUGGCAGCGCAGGCAGCACAAGCCAAUGCGCGACGGUCACGACUUGUAGGGAAAGGCCCCAGGCCGGUUGGGGCCUCCUUGACUUCAGAACUUGAGCCGCUUGAGCCACUUGAGCCCUCUGCAGUGAGCGAAGGCUUUCAGGAUGAGUCCAGGAGUUCUGGCGUUGCUGCUCUUGAGCAGGAAUUGUCGGGCAUACUUCUGCGGGCCGGAAAUUCAAUUGAAUCCUCGUGGGAGCAGUCUGCAGUUCGCGAAUCCUUGGAGAUUCUCAACCUUCAGAUAGAGGAUUUGCCCGAGUUUCUGGCACAUGGCUCCGACUUGACAGCAGAUGCAAAAGACCAAGUGGCAGGUGGCAGUAGCCCAUCAUCACUCAGAGUCUUCUUAGCCAUCAAUAUCGUUCAAUAUCACCAAAUUGGGUAUGAAAGUUUUCAAGCAGCGAGCUGUCACUGAUCAAGGGACCGCUUUGUAGUCAAGGAACUCUCUCAUAGUCACCUCUUCAGAGACUGCAAGGGUUUGGUUGCUGCCAAGGCUCGACUGCGGGCAAAA